CAAGUCCAGUUGGUUUAUUCUGUUUUUUUUUUUUGUUGUACUUCCAAAGUAUUGAAAUAUUUAGGGAUAUGUUCCAUCGCCUUGCUUAAACUCCAGGCCAGGCGAAGCCGAGUCACCGCCGAUAGCUUUAUAGCCAUCUGCCAGUGGAUAUAGAUACUCGCAAGCAUCUUUAUAAAUACUUACAUAAAAAUGACACAUACUCGCUCCAGCUGAAAUUGUGAGGACAAGACAGAAAUAUGGAUAACAAGAAGGAUAUCUACAGUCUUUGGGUGCAGUACACAACAAAGAAUGAUGAGACAUACUUUCGUGAGUUUGUGGCUCGCUUUGUGGCCAUUUGGCGCAGCCAGCUGCAACUGGACUUUCAGGCCGAGACCUGCCCACUCUGGCAUGAAGUCAAGCCAGACAGUGGGCCGCAUUUGGGACGUUUGCCGGACGAAUUAUUGCCAGCCAUUGGCAAAUUCAUAAUUGUGGCCCGUGAUUCCAUUGAUACGGCCGAGACUGGACCGACGGAUGAAACUAUCGAGCAAGUAGCCAUAUUAAUUGAGUGUCUGGUGAUUAUUUGCCGGCACUUUGACAAUAUAUUGGCCAUCAUUAAAUACGAGUACAAACCAAAUCUAAUAGCCAUACUCUCUAAAGUAUUUAAACAGCAAAUGGAAAAACGGCAAAUAUCGGCUGCUAUGAGUCAUCUGUUUUGUAGUUUUUCGGCAUUUUUGGAGGUCAUGUACGAUCCGUAUCUGACAUGGCGUAGUUUCUUACGAGGCCAUAAGGCCGAUUACAGUCGUCUCCCAUAUAAGCCGCAUUCGGUUCAUGUAGAGAUUGUGCCCUUCAUAUAUGAUUGCUUUCAGGAGGAACAAGUACUUAGGUUUGCAGAUGUCGGUGAAAGUCUCCUGAAUAUUCUUGGUGCCGUUGUAUGCGGCUCUCAGAAAUCCUUAAACGCGAUCUCGACUUCCUACUCGAAUAGAAAUACUAACGCUCUAACAUCUUUAAAUGCCCCCUGCUUGGGUGAUAAGCAGCUUCUAGACUGUGAUAACCUGCGUAAUGGCAUGAGGGCCAUAUGCCCGGCAACGGUAUCCAUUAUAAUGAAUAUACUGGGGCGGUGGGAGAGUCCAAAGAGUUUGCGUAAUGCUGCCCUCAAUUGUUAUGCUUUAAUGGUAAUUGUACUGCAAAAAUCUAGUCCAGAAGAACGCCAAAUAGAUCUGAUAACUCUUAUCGAGCUCUAUUGUGAUGCUCUGCAAAAGCUAUUGGCCACCAAACACUUUGACAGCGGUGAUCCAAACUUUGACAUAGCUAGCGAUGAGGCCGAUGAUGAGGAUGGAACCAUCGAUAUGUCUGCCCUGUCCUCAACGGUAACAGCAGUCAAAUUGUUCCUAGAUGGCAAGUCUACAGUAGAAGCAGUUAAUGAGGCCAUUGCAGUUACCAAUUUACUGGAAAUACUCACAAGUUUGCCAAAGCGAAUACAGAACUGGCAUGUCUGUCAUACAAGUUCCUUGUGCUCCACUUUAGAGGCAUUGACCACUUUGACGCGUAGCUCUCCUCGAGCUAUUGAGCAAUUUCGUGAGGGAGAGCGCAUUGAACGUUUCUUUAGAAGCUUAAGAGAAUUUGAUGCUCCUACAAUAGAGCUAUUGAAUGCCUGCUAUCAUCUGGGGUACAAUGAAACGGAGCAUCAACUUUUGCUGCCCGAAGUGGUAUUGCAGUUAUUGUUUUGGUUGCCAGCCCUCCAGGAGCAAGAACAAUUGCAUGUGAGCACAUUGGUGCUCAAAGGUUGCACCUACAAUUACGCAACAAAAUCUAUGGCCUGUGAUUAUCGCGUCAUCAAAGCGGUCUGUGGUUGUCUUAUGCAGUCAGAAACAUUGUCGGAUACUUGCAUAUUAAAUUUGAUUAAGUUGAUUGAGGAAUUGAGUAAGCUUAGCAUUUUACCCAUGGAGCUAAAGUGCAUCUUUGCCCUGCUACGCAAGGGUACAAAAUUUACACAGAUAAAGCAACUGCAACAGACACUCGUUGUGAUAGCGUUGCAAAGCUUGAGAGUGAGCAACUCAUGUGUGGAGUAUUUUGCAAUUGAACAACCCUCGGAUGGCAUCAAUGUGCCCGACAUUAGAAAUUGGACAAACACUGGUACCUAUGGCUUUAUAUUUCAUAUCGUGGUGCGAUUCAAUCAGCCCAAUGAUGAGCAACAGCAACAUCAGCAGCAGCAGUCACAGUCCAAUUGUAGGCGUAUGUUACUUAUUCUACAGACAGCCAGUGGAUGCGGCUAUGAGAUAUUUGUUCAGCCCAAUGGCAAUGUGGUGGUAGCUGCUUUAACUAAACGAGAGUAUCUUACCUCAUUGACGGCAACAAAGACCCUAAUGGAUGGGCAAUGGCAUUAUCUAACUGUUGUCAUAGCACCACCAAAAAGGCCAUUUUCCUAUAGUCAGAUAAAUAUUUAUGUGGAUUUUGUACAAAAGUUAAGCGCCACACUUAAAAUGCAAUCGUUGAAUGAGCCCUUUACAUUUUGCUCCGUUGGUGGUGUGGCAGCGACACCUCAGCCCGGUGAUCUAGUAACCACAAAGGCUACGGCUCAGGAGUCUAAGGGUGCCAAAGGAAUGUUGCCCAGUCUUCUAGAGCGUACACUAUCAGCGAAUGUUUCGAAUUAUUUCACCUUACCGAUGCGAGCGCAAACAGCUUUUGAUCCCAAUGUAAAGAAUUUUCCCAUCGGUAUGCAGGAUACGGUUUUUGGUGAGCAGACAUGCUUACAAGGACAUUUGGGUGGUGUUCUCCUGGCCGAGUCUACGACGAGUCUUAAAAAUAUAUUCGAUGCCGGCAUGAACUUUAGUUCGAUAUUUUCACAGGAGAACGAUUUGCUUGAGCUGACAUCUCGUUUCGUUUUCUGCUAUGCACCGGGUGCUGUGUGGCAUGGCACUUGUCAGGAUCUAAUCCCGGGUAGUCGUUAUCCAGGCAGAAUAAUGGCCCAACACUGCAAAAUUGUUAAGAUUCAAGAGACAAUCAAUAGCAUUGGUGGAAUUAAUGCCAUAUUGCCUAUAUUACACCGUUUGGUAACUGAUCAAACCGAUGAUAUAUCUAUUGGCGUUGACAGCAAAGAGUCCAUGUCAUCAUCCACACCCACUGCCGAAGAGUUUACCGAUUGGGAAGUGCUGUCAUCGAAUUUGAAUACCGAAUGGAAAAUGAUACAAAAUCCAUUGGCAAGUUUUCUUUGUCUACUACGCUAUUUAACCUACGAUCAUGAGGCCAAUCAGGAGCAGUUAUUAAGUGAGGAUAGUCUUGCCAUCAUUGGCAUAAUGCUGCAACGUUGUCCGCCCGCGAUGUUCGAUGUGAAUGCUUUAAUGUCCACACAUUUACUAAUGGAAUCGUUGCAAGGACACAAGGCGGAAAGGGGAGGACAACUGUUGGAUGCUCUUUAUGCACACAUUGUCUUUGACUUUGCCAUUUGGUCGCGUCUGCAAUUUCAAAUUAUGCUGGGACAUGUCCAGUAUCUAAGUGCCAUGAUUAAAAACGAUCGUAAAUUCUUUCGCCGCCGGUAUGGUGUUCAGUUUGUGUUAGAUGUGGUCCGGCAAUAUUAUACCACACCGGAAAAUUUAUCUAGCGAUGAUGCCAAAACUAUAAGAGCUACACUACUGGGCAUUGUGCGAUUCUAUCUGCAAAAGGAUGUCAAUAUCAAGGAGGUUAAUGCUAUGAUAGCCUUUUUAGCAUCUGUGCGACAAGAUGUUGUCUUAGUUGAGUUCCUUGAGAUGAUGACUUUCUAUGUGCGUGGCAAGAACUGCAAGGAUCAGAUGGUUUUGCUGCUCCAUGAACCCCAAUCGGCCAAUUUAAUUUAUAAUUUUCUCAUUGACAAGAGCUACACCUGCGAAAUUCAGGAAGCAGCCAUUAGGUUUAUCAGCGGAUUAUUGGCCACAUCGCGAGUUCAUCAGAAAUACAAGCAAGUUUUGCGUCUUUAUGAUCAGAGUAGUGAGCAGAGCAUGUUCCCGGGAUUCUUUUCCUUCAUUACACCCAUAUCACUGAGUUCCAUUAUAUUGUUUCAUAUGCUGGACGAAAUGCUCGGUAUGCAACCAGAUUAUGUUGGCCUCAUCUUUCUUGUCUAUCAUGUUAGCAAUUGUGGCAUUCAGGUGAAGGUUGAGGUGGCAAAACGUUUGCUACAGACCACAUUUGUUAAGCAGCAAUCCGUAACGGCCAUUGCCAAGCAAACGGGCUGGCAGGAAUCCAUUGCCCGUUUGCUAAUACGUAAACCCAUCAGUAUGGCUCCGCCAGAUGAAGAGAAACGUCGCAGUUUUGGUAUUAAUAUGGAUGUUCUAUUGGAAGAUAAUUCCAAUUUUUUGGCACAAGCGGAUCUUAUUACGUUUUCGGAUCAAGAAAUUGGCCUUGCUCAGCUCCAGCAGCAGCAACAGGACGAACAGCAAAGCGACAGUGGCUUAAUACUUAAUGAGAUUCAGGCUAGCGUCACAGAGGCGGCCACAGCCAUUGAGACAGAAAUUAAAGAGCUUGCCGAAUCUGUAUCUGGAGCUGUUGUGGAAAAUGUCAAUAGUGUCUUUUCGGUUAUACGCCAGACAACGCAUGACAUUCAAGAUACAUUCGAGUCUUUAACUCAGGGCAGCUCUGUGGAUAGCACAGAUGCACCACCAAGUCAGAAUUCUCCAGUGCAACGUGCUGAAUCCCUUAGCUCUGAGAGCUCAACCCAAUCACCGAACAGGCCGCCCAAGAGUAGUGACUCCAUGGAGAGCACAGCUGCCUUUGAUUUUGUUUCGGAAGGCGAUGUGGAUACAGAGGAACAGUUGGUCUAUUUGAUAACCAAUACGCUUUUCAAUAUCUUCUGGCGCGGCAUACCAAAUGAGCAUCCCCAAUGCUGGCAAGAGCGUGGACAGGUCCUUGGCUGUAUUAAUCUGUUGGCAUUGAACAAUGAGCUCAUCACCUCGCAUUUGUCUUUGCGCCUACGUAUCCUAGAAAUGGCCGUACAAGCCUCACUCUUUGAUCUAGCUGAACAUGGCAGCCAAACAUUGAUUAAUCAGGAAAAUGCCUCAAAUAUUCUUCGCAUGGUCUAUGAACUUAUUGUGCUCGGCUCCAAUGAAGAUGAGUCGAAAAAGUGCUCAACCAAACUACUUGACGGUGUUUUGGCUCUCCUCGAUGCACUUAUGAUCUUUCAGCAGGGCUCAUCCGAUGAUUGGUCUGAUAUGAUACGUUUGUGUCUGGGUAUCUUGCUAAAGUGUUCACAUCAUCCGAAUCCUAGUAUUGUGGCCAUGGCCACGGCCAAAUUGCAUGCAAUUCUCCAAAGUCGAUCCACAGAGGAUCCGGCUGAACUAUCGUAUUUAUUGUACAGUAUAAAUCGGGCUUUAGAUAAUGCUAUUGAAGUUGGCAAUCCCGAGGAGUAUUCGUUUCUUAUGCCUGUGAUGAAAGCUUUAUUAGAAAAAUGCCGCACAGCAUUCAAUCUGGAUUCAACUCUUCCGGAUUUGCCAUCAACAUUAUCGGGGCCUGUGUUUUUCAAUGAUUUUCAAAUGUACAGUACCAGCAAAAAGUGGCGCAAUUUUAUUGAACGUAUGGUAAAACCGUUAUACGAUCACUAUCAGCGCGACAUCGAACUCCAUUUGUGGGAGCCGAUCAAUCGAUUCUGGGCAGAAUGCUAUGAAGCAUGCAAGGCGGCCUCAAAUCAACGUGCCUCAUUCCAAGCAGCCAACCGUCGCGUUUUCCAGCAAAAGAUUUAUAUGCCAUGGAAAAUGCGACAGGUGGAGGAGAGUCAGCGACUCCAAACGGCGGCCGUGCAGCGUAAAACGAUCGACAGUCACAUACGGAAGAAAUGGAAGACAGCGAAACGUUUCUUGUAUGGUCCAAGAGGCCCCUGGUUUACGGGAGAGUUUGGCAAAGAGUUCUGGAAACUGUCACCUCAUGAGAAUGUGACCCGCAUGCGUCUGAAACUGGAGCCACAGCUCUAUCCAAAUAAUCAUGAGAAUGCCGCCAAUUUGCGUGAUAAUGCCACCAAUGCAUACGAUACAAAAAAAAUAUCAGAACUCGAUUCAACCAUCAAGAAUGCUGUGGUACGUGAUUUUCUCGUUGACGAUGAGAGCCAACAGCUGGAGGAGGAGCUACGCCUGCUAAUUGAGACACAGUCACAGCAGGAUGUGGCAUUAGAGAAGCUAGUCAUAUCACAGGAAUGUGAAUUAAUCACUCUAAUGACCAAGGUCAAGGGACGCAUCGAAGUGAAUCAAAGUGCGUUCAUUUUUGUUGAUCUAAGUCCACUCUCGGAGGACUCAUCGAAGCAUGAUUUUCGUUUUCACAUCAAUAAAAUUCGAGAAGUUCAUUUGCGGAAGUAUAAUUUAAGGCGAAGUGCAUUGGAAAUCUUUCUGAUUGAUCAGACAAGCUAUUUUCUUAAUUUUACAACAAAGGUUCGCAAUAAAGUUUUUACCAAAAUCGUUGGCCUUCAUCCAUCAAAUAUAUUAUAUGGCUCUGGACGUUCACCGGCUGAGCUAUUGAAGACUUCGGGACUCACACAGCGUUGGGUCAAUCGAGAAAUCUCAAACUUUGAGUACCUGAUGUAUCUAAAUACCAUAGCUGGACGUUCAUAUAAUGAUCUAAGUCAGUAUCCUGUCUUUCCAUGGAUAUUAGCCGACUAUACCAGUGAUGUAUUGGAUCUAACAGAUCCUAAAUCCUUUCGUGAUCUAUCCAAACCCAUUGGUUGUAUUAAUCCCAAAAACGAAGCGGAAGUUCGCAGUAAAUAUGAUUCCUUUGAGGAUCCAUCGGGGGCCAUACCUAAGUUUCAUUAUGGUACACAUUAUUCCAAUUCGGCUGGAGUACUUCAUUAUCUGUUGCGUGUAGAGCCCUUCACAUCGCUGCACGUUGAACUGCAGAGCGGUCGUUUCGAUGUGGCUGAUCGGCAAUUUCAUUCGAUACCGCAAACUUGGAAAUUACUUAUGGAUAAUCCAAAUGAUGUUAAAGAACUGAUUCCAGAGUUCUUCUAUUUUCCAGAGUUUUUGAAAAAUAUGAACAAAUUUGAUUUGGGUCACCUGCAAAUUACCAAGGAAAAGGUUGACGAUGUGUUACUACCUCCAUGGGCUUCCACACCAGAAGAAUUUAUAUCCAUACAUCGACGAUCUCUUGAAUCGGAGUAUGUGAGUCAACAUCUGCACAAUUGGAUUGAUUUAAUAUUCGGAUACAAGCAGAAAGGUUCCAAGGCAGUGGAGGCCUUGAAUGUAUUCUAUUAUUGCUCCUAUGAAGGUGCCGUUGACCUCGAUAAGAUAACCAAUGCGGUGGAAAGAGAGGCUGUUGAAGGAAUGAUAAAUAACUUUGGUCAGGUGCCAUCACAAUUAUUGCGUGAGCCACAUCCACGUCGCCUCACACAGGACGAGAGUGCAUUGAAGCUGGUGCGUGCCGAGCUACGCCGUCCUGAUCUUACACAGUUUUUGGACAAGAUUGUUCAAUACUACUGUGAAUUGUCCACGCCCAAAGAUCCCAUUGUUUUCCUAAGUCCUCCAAGAAGUCCGCCACGCUCAUUCCUGCAAUUAAGUCCUGAUGUUCUGGUCAGUCUAUCGAAAAAUGCCAUCUUGGGCUGCAAUUCCUGGUUGUCGUUCGACAAGGAGCAGGGAUUUUUAUUAGAGAUCGAUGCCACCACUACUAAUCUAAAAAAUCGCAAGAGAGUCUUUGGUCCCUUCCAUCCAUCACAGCAAAUUCACUCACAAUUGUUCGCUGUUAGCACGGAUGGCAAACUUUUGUAUGCCGGCGGAAUUUGGGAUAACUCCCUGAGGAUUUAUAAUUUAAACAAAGGCAAAGUGGUGGCUUCUGUUACACGUCAUUUGGACAUUAUCACCUGUCUGGCUCUUGACAAUUGUGGUUCGUAUUUGGUAACUGGUUCACGAGAUUGCACAUGCAUUGUGUGGAGCAUUCAAUGGAAUCAACAGAGUGCUGGACACUCCAGCAACAUACCAGGCCAUGUCCUGACAGGCCAAUCGUAUAUGCAAACAAUCUCCCAACUCAAUACACAAAAUAGUUUUGCACCAAAACCAUUGAAUGUGCUCUAUGGUCAUGAUAAUGCAGUUUCUAGUGUGGCCAUCUAUACUGAAUUGGAUUUGGUGGUCUCCGGAUCGUUGGAUGGCACUGUCAAUGUGUAUACCCUACAGGAGGGUCAAUUUGUGAGAACUCUUAAGCCAAUCGGAUGCACAGAGUCGUGUGUGCAAAUCUCCUUUCUCACGGUCUCCUAUCAAGGUCAUAUUGCCUUCAGUGCUCUGGAUGAUGCCUCACAUUCAGUGCAUGUCUAUAGCAUAAAUGGAGCCAGCCUGGGCUCAAAGUAUGUGUCUGGUCGUGUUACUGGAUUGGCAACUGCAUCCGAUUAUUUAGUUGUGGCCGAUGAUGCUGGUGAUAUAACAAUGAGCCGACUGCAUGGGCUAAAACCCGUAUUUGACAUUCCACUGCAUGUACCCAUUCAGACUGUGGUGGUUACACCAGGAAAUACGCACAUUCUGGCACCGUUACGUGAUGGACGUAUGGCCGUAGUGGCCGUACAGAUACCAUCCGGCGGUAAUAAAAAGCAUUCCGUGCUCAAUGUGUAGAACAAAUUAACGAAUGAAUAAGGAAAACUCUUUCAAUUCCAAAAAGAAAACACAAGACGCAGCCACAUUUAGUUUUUUUUUUUC